UCAUCUGUGAAUCAUAAUCCUAUUCCAACAAACAAAUUGUAACCCUCCACAACGAGAAGAGCACACCUAUAUCAACUACAUUAAAGAGUUCGCAGGGCUUCUUCAAUCAAGAAGGACCAACCUUAAUGCUCUACACUGACAUGCCCUCUAUAUUCGCUUACUAGUAUUUCCAAGCUGCCACUUAUUAUCUCCAUGUUUCGUGUCAUUCUCUCUGUCUCAUUUAAUUCUCCGCUCUCGACUUGAAUUACGCUAGGUAAUUCAUAUCUCUAAUUGUCUCGCUCAUAUUUAUAUACAAAGAUGGGAAAACCAAGCCGAGAUUGGACGCAGAUCUACUCGAUCUACGGAAUCGAAGAUUGCCAGACUCUGAUUUUCCUACUCAUCCACGCGGUUUCAUUCGCUUCGGUUUCGGUUUUAUUUCUGAUAUACUUCAAUCCAAUCUACACAAGCCUGGAAUCGCUGGGCUUACCCACGGGACCAGCACGUUUCACCGCGGGCUUCACAGGCUCAUUCACCGCGCUGUCAGCACUCUGCCUCUUCUUCGCCGCCGGAAACAUCUUCUACUCCUCCGUGGCUCUCCAGUUCGAAAUGGCGCACCGCAUCAUCUCCUCGAUCCACGACUGGUCAACCGUGAAGCACGCGCUCGACGUGGGCUGUGGCCGCGGCAUUUUACUCAAUGCCGUGGCGAAGAAGCUAAAAGAAGAAGGCAGCUCGGGUCGGGUCGUCGGGCUGGACCGCAGAAAAUCCACCGUCUCCACGCUCCGCACCGCCAAGCUGGAAGGCGUGCACGAGCACGUCACGUGCCGCGAGGGAGACGCGAGGGCGAUGCCGUUUCAGGACAACUCGUUCGACGUGGUGGUGUCGAGCGUGUUUCUGCAUACGGUGGGGAAGGAGUUCGGACAGCGGUCCGCGUCGGCGGCGGCGGAGAGGAUGAAAGCGGUCGGAGAAGUGGUGAGAGUGUUGAAAGGAGGUGGGGUCGGUGUGGUGUGGGACCUAGUGCAUGUGCCGGAAUAUGUUCGGAGAUUACAAGAAUUGAACAUGGAAGAUAUUAGAGUGUCCGAGCGUGUGACGGCGUUCAUGGUGACUAGUCAUGUUGUUUCGUUCCGUAAGCCAUGUCAGCACGUGGUGGGGCUCAGUGAAGUCAGAUUAGAUUGGAGAUUUCAUAAUAAUAUUUGUUAAUAUUUUUCUCUAGAUCCAUCCCAAACUUUUAUAAAUGAAUAAAGGUGCGGUUAGUUUGUCAUA